UCGUCAUCAUUGCUUAUGAGCUAUUUUGAAUGUGUUGAUACAGUGUCAAUCGUAUUUAUCUCUAUGUUAAAUGCAUUUUAUUAUUUAUAUUGCUUUUCCCAUUAUACCUUACAUUAAAUUAAUAGGGUUCUAUAUAAAAAAAAAACUUGAGAUCUAGUUUGUUUUGAAUAUUGCAUCCACGCCUCAUAAGUGAAGGUAUAAUUAGAAAUUAAUGGUGUAUUAAUAUGCUGAACAGCAUAUGAAACAGCAUAAAACAAAUUUUAAACUAUGUAAUCUUAUUUCUUCAGUAAUUGGAACGCGUGGUUGUGUAUAUUUGUUAAGAAGUAGAAAUCAAGAUUUGGUACAACCAGUAAAGAAAGCAGUCGGAAUGACGUCGGUAAGGAUAAAAGAUCUUGGGGGUGCGACUAUGCGUGCAAUUGACGUUGGUGGAUUUAUUACAUCCAAUUUUAUGGAAGAACUAGGAAAGGAGAAGCAAAUCUUUGAUAAAGUUCCUUAUUUCAAAUUCCGGAAAGAUGAUUUAAUGUUGUGUACAUAUCCAAAAACAGGCACAAACUGGAUAUAUGAAAUACUUAUGAUGAUUUUAAAGAAGAGCACUGAACCAAUAAAAGACUUCAAGGAUGACCUAAUGCUUGAUUGCCAGUCGGCUGAAUUAAUUGAUAUACAACCGUCACCUAGAGUUGUAAACUGUCACCAUCCUUGUCGUUACCUACCAUUGAAGGACAUGAAAGAUAAGCAGAUAAAGACGAUACUGUGUUGUCGUAACCCAAAAGACACUGCUGUGUCCUACUAUAACCAUAUGAAGGGGUUUAAAUCGUACGAAUAUGAUGGCAAAUGGAAAGAUUGGCUCCCCGUGUAUCUGCAAGGAAAAUUAGAGUACGGGAAAUACACAGAUUAUCUAAAAGAAUGGGAAAAAGAAAUACAAAAUGGCGUUGGAUAUCCUCUUCAUAUCAUGUUUUACGAGGACAUGAAAAUCAACGGUACUGAAGAAAUUGAAAAGCUUUUGAAAUUUCUUGGUGUUGAAAUAGACGCAAACUUAAAGAAUAAUAUUUUACAACAGUGCGACUUUGAUAGUAUGGUGGAAAGGAAGAAAAUCCCUCCUGGAGCAAUAGAAAUGUUUAUGAAGUCAGAUUUCAGAUUGUUUAGGAAAGGGCAAGUUGGUGACUGGAAGAACUGGUUUACAGUCGCCCAGAAUGAAAUGUUUGAUGAGAUAUGGGAGAAAGAGAUGGGUGGAUCAUGUUUUUCAAAGUUUAUAUACACUGAUCCAAGAUGUUAAGAAAUGCAAAUAUAUUAUAAAAUUGUACAGAUGCACGAUAGUGUGUACUACAUAAUUGUAUAUUUUCUUAUAUCAUAGUUUGGACACCUUUUCAUUAAAGAUGUGUUGAAAAAAAUCACCUAUAUAUGCAUAUUGCGUUAAAGAGAUUCCCUUUAAAGUUUUUUUACAUGAAUGAACAAAAAAAACAACUGUUGGAGUUUAAUAUUUCAUUUCAUGUACGUGUGGACCUAUAACUUGUGUACCAAAUUUCAGAUGUUUCCCUCACUCCAUUUUAAAAGAAUGGGUAGUUAUUGUGAAAAACGACCCGAAAUUGAACAUCGGGCCCGAAAUUGAACAUCAGGCUCGAAAUUGAACAUCGGGCUCGAAAUUGAACAUCGGGCUCGAAAUUGAACAUCGGGCUCGUAAUUAAACAUCGGGCCCGAAAUUGAACAUCGGGCUCGAAAUUGAACAUCGGGCUCGAAAUUGAACAUCAAGCUCGAAAUUGAACAUAGGGCUCGAAAUUGAACAUCGUGCUUAGAAUAGCACACCAAUACGAUUUUUAUACUUAUUUCUGAUGUCAUUUGUACAUAUUUCUAUCUCAAGGCAUUAGUUGAACUAUCCAAGUAUUCUUGUUUCAAACUGGAGACACAGCAAAAGUUAGGUAAUGGAGAGUCUUCACAAUAGCAAUUUAUUCCAUAUGUAAAAUUACUAGGCUAUUUUCUAUAUGUGCGUGCGUGCGUGCGCGCGUGCGCGU